AUGACGAAGCACCCAAGCAUGAGGGCCGUUAGCAUUCAAAAACUAAUUGAAGACUAUGGUGCUACUCAUUUUCGUGAUGCCCUCGCGCAUUACAUUGCACACCACAGUCAAGGCAACAAUCCUGUGCCUCUGCGAGGCCAAGCACUCGAAAACUUGGCACACAAUGUCCAUUUCCCGUUCUCCAAAUUGCCCGUAUUCCAUAAGAUCAAAUGGUGCUCGAUUGAUGCUCAUGGUCAUGGCGAGGCACAUGUCACCUUGGAUAGUGUCCAUUCAAAACCCCAACAGAGGUUGGGCUCUCGUCUAGUUGCUCAUCGGUCUGAUACUGCUCUAGUCAGCCUUGGUGAAGACUCGUAUACAAAUGAUCUCAAAGGUACGUGA